UUGAUUGUUUAGGUAAUACCCUUGGCAGCAGGUGACCUAAAACCAAGGCCAAAUGUCGUUAGUGAGAAGCAGGAAUUAACCAAGAGGAAUUAACCAAGAUGGGAGAGUAACAAGCAAAUAGUUGAUAAUCAGGCAUAUGUGUCAGUGGUGUUGAUAAUGUUGCCUAUGACCAAAAAUUUUCACGGGAAAAAAAUCGAGAGCAGCAUCAACACCUUGGGUAGGAAGUACAGUAAUAUUUAUAGAGCAUUAGUGAGAGGUAAUAUUCACUAUAAACAUAAAUUUCUGGUAGCGUCGGCCACCUGUGUAAUUUACCAACAGGUGCUCAAUAUAUCUCGAGGAGGAGGAGGUCGUCGAGGUGAGGAGGGAAAGAAAAGUUACUACGAUAUCCUCCAACUUACUCCUAAAGCUACUCAAGCCCAGGUGAAGGAUGCUUAUUACAACUUAUCAAAAACCUACCACCCUGACCAGUAUAAAGGAACAGAGGAUGCUUCUGUCAAGUUUCGUGAGAUAACAGAAGCCUAUCAAGUUAUAGGAAAUUUUCAGAAGAGGAAAAUGUAUGACAAGGGUUUUCUCAAUGUAUCGACAGCAGCCACCCCUGCUGAAGCCGAGAAUUAUGCAAACAAGUUUCAUGAGUCACGAAGAAAGAGAAGCCAAGUUCCAACUGCAACUGGAAGGACUCCUGUUUAUGAUUUUGAUGAAUGGUCAAAGCUCCACUAUGCAUCUAAUCGUGAGAGGAGAGAAGGCGCAAAAAUGCGUUUCGAGGAAAUUCAAAGAACAGAAGUACGAGAUGUCGAGCAAAAGAAAGCCGAUUCUAUCAUCUUUAUAAUAUUAUUGGGUGUAAUAUUCUACUUAAUCUCUCUUUCUAGAGGCCCAAAUAUAGAUGUACCUAAACAGAAAGAUAAAUAGAAUAUUUUUUAUGUGUACAGUAAUAAAGAACUGUGUAUUUAUAAAUAUGUAUGUAUACAUUGUGUGCAAUUUGCUUAUUGUAUAGUAGAUAUAAAUUGGAACAAGCAUGUGAUGGAAUGGGUAUUAACCUUGAAAUUCAAAAACCUUUAGAUAAUUUUGCUUAUUCAGUACAGUAUUGUAUACUUAUGAACUCUCCCAUUAAUUUUUUUACUACCGUACUCUAUCUCGUGUUAUUGAAAACUCCAGAGUUUUGUCAUUUUUAAAUAAGAUUUGAAAAUUUAAUGAUUGAUUAUGAUACUGUAUAGUAGAGUUGUGAUAUAGUAUGUAUUUUUCAAUAUACAGUAUGUUCUGUAGUUGUAUACAGUACCAGCACCAUAAUCUCAGUUUUAUUCAGGGCUUUUAGAAAAAAUUCAAGACUAUACUGACUUAAACUUUGAUUACCCAGAAUAACAAUUAGAAAUCAUGGUUUGUGUAGUCAGUAGAGCCAUGUGAGGGAUGGCAAAGAUGAAAAUUGUUGCCAUAGAACUUUAUACUGAUACAAGAUAAAUUUUGUUAUUUUAAUUUAGGUAAUAAAACAUAAACUACGAUAGGCUAUCAGUAACAUAGAUAUGAAGAAUGAGGCUGAGCAUAAGUAUAAAUGAAAUUAAUGUAAAAUUCUUAACAAAAUAUAUAAAUACAGUAUCUUACAGUACAAUACAGUACUGUAUAUACUGUAUGUUGUUGAUAAUGCCGUAAUGAACAAGGUAAGAUCACACAAGUGAAAAAAGCAGGAUGUUUAGUUAAAAAAGGUUUUUUAUGAAUUUAAAAGAAAAACUACCUAGUAAUGAGUUAGAGCAAAAAUUAAAAUAAGGUACAGUAAAUAAGUCAAAUGAGAGGGCAUAUUAGCAGACUAAUUUGGUUAUAUUUUAAGAAUAUACUGUACUGUAACAUACAUGAUGUUUUUGUCUUAAAAAGAAGCAUAUUAAGAAGUUAAUAUACUGUAUUAGUUGGUUGAUCUUUUAGAUGGUUGUACUUGUCAUUAAAAAGGGUUUCUUCACUUACUUAAAGUGCUCAGUGUUACUACAUUAACUUGAAAAAUUUAAUGAGGUUGAUUAAAAAAUAUUGGGCUUAUGAUUUUCACAGGACUUUUUGUGGAGUGAAAUCUUAUCUGACAAAGAUUCUUAGUGAAUUGUUUAAAGUAUAAUUGCUGCCAGAAAAAGACUUGAAAAGUUAUACUGUAUUGCACUGUAUUACCAUAUAAUAAAAAUGAAAUUAGUCAAUUGACAAGAAGCUGGUAAGCAGCAGUCAACCAUUAGAGCAUUAUCAUGUGAGAGUAUUUUCUGUGAUGAGUUUCAUCUUUGACUACAUUCUCUUUGCUGUAUAGGGGGAGGUCCAUCACUCUCUGAACACAUUCGUAUUCUUCCUUUCUCCUGGUUUAAAAUACUUUCCACCUGCAGGGGAUAUUAAUUUCACAUUGUAUAUGAGUGUGAGAUAAAAUAUUUACAUGAAGAGAAAAAAUUUACAACUCAUUUAUAAUGCACUGGCCUCUGUUGUAUGGGUUAAGGAAUACCUGUACAUCCUCCACAUCUUACAUGAAGUAAAGAUAAAAGUGUUGUUUUGAUCCAUCUCGGAGACAAUUUCAACUGAACUACUAUACUGUACUGUAUUAAUGCAUUUAACAAUGGACAUGUAUAGUUUACAGGUAAUCAAGUGAAUAAGAAUCAGCGUGUUGUGUCAUACACCUGUUCCAUUACAAGUAAUAUAAAAUUUUCGGUAUUUUAAUGUUUUAUUUAAGUGGUCAGGGUCAUGUACAGUAUCUCAAAUUAUCUGUCCACAUUGUGAGACCACAGAUGAUAGAUAUUGGGACAUGCAUUUACCUAUGGUUUUACAUAAGUAAUGCAACGUAUUUAUUUCGGCGUAAUUACUAUGAUGAUUGGUUACCAAAUGUGGUAGGAUCAAUGUACCACAGAGCCACACAUACCAACCCUCCUGGGACAUCAAGAGAUGCAUGUAGCAUUUCAGAAGGCGUGAGAUCCAUCCUGGCAGAUACUGUACUCUACAAACUUAAACUUUUUAUGGUAUAGUAUACAGUAUUACUUAUAUCAAUAAAAUAUCCUGUUGGAUAGAUUGUUGAAUUGUUGUCUAGGCCUUUUGAAAAUUUAUAUUGUUACUGAUAGCAUUCUAUUAUCUGAGGGAAGAAAACUCUCAGCAUGCUCUUCCAGUGUGUGUGUUUGUUUUAAUUGAAAUUAUUGCAGUGGGGAUGUUAACAGAUCUUACAAAAAUAUCUGUAGUGGGGUCCUCACACCCUUAUUAUAAUACCCAUUCCUUUACAUGUACUGUAGGGUAAGUUGUACAGAAUGUUACCUCUGGAAAUAUUAAAGUUAAUAUUUAUUUAAAGGA